GCACGGCGCACGUCAGUUCCGCAGCAAACUUACACCGCGUCGGACGCGCAUCGACUAACUGAGGCUUUCGCGGCCGUUUGAAACGCUAAAACCGUAGCGUUUGUCGUUUAAUUUGCAUUCGUCACUCGCGAUCACCAGUGUUUCAUCGAGUGGGUGACUUAGGACAGUGCAGAAGGUCUGCUGCUAAGCUAGAGUGUCAUCUCACAGUAGUCGCUUCGUGUGCCACAAAAAGAACACAAACGAACCGAACGAUGAGACUUUCGGGCAUAUCGAAAAGCCCCACCUUCCUGGUGGUGCUCCUGUUCGUCCUUUUCGCGCUUCUUGCCGCCCAACCGACGGCUGGUCAGUGUCUAUCGGACAACGGCAAAAAACCCGCAGUACAACCGGAUCUGGAACAAUCGCGCACCCGUCUGUACAAGGGCGAGUCGAUUUUCACGCUCCAGCUACUCGAUGCCAUCAACACGGCCACACCGAACGACAAUCUGUUCUUCUCACCGUACAGUCUGUACAACGUGCUGCUGAUGAUGUACUUCGGUGCACGGGACUCCACCGAGAAGCUGCUCCAUACUGGGCUUAACCUGCAGUGGUCCGAUAGCAAGUCGACCGUACACGAGGCGUAUGAUACUGCCCGGAAGUCGCUGUUGGGGCGCUUCGAUGAGACUUCCGCCGUUGGUUUUAGCUCGGUCGAUAAGCUGUUCUUCGGACGUCAGAUUCCCGUGUCGACCUGCAUGCAGCAGAAGUUUGGCGACACGAUCGAGCUGCUUGACUAUGAAACGCAACCCGAAGAGCAACGGAUGUACAUCAACCGUUGGGUGAGCAAUGCGACGCGUGAUCAGAUUAAAGAUCUACUGGUUCCGGGUGCGAUCACGCGCAACACCAAACUUGCGAUCGCAAAUGCGGCCUACUUCAAGGGUACGUGGCAGACGAAGUUCAAGGCAAGCGAAACGAAAAAGGAACUCUUCUACGUCAACUCCUCGCGACUAGAGUUUGUCAAUAUGAUGCACGUCGAGGGAACGUUCAGCCACGCCGCCAACGAGAAGCUGGGUUGCCAUAUCUUAGAGCUUCCGUACAGCACCGGUGCCGAGGAGGACAUUGAGCGACGGGCCAAGCGCGGAAACAAGGUGUCGAUGUUCGUGUUCCUGCCACCGGCGGAACCAAACGCGCUUUCAAAGCUGCUGGGCCGGCUCGCCGCUGAAACCGACAUCCUGCACGAGGUCGUGAACGAUGGCAUCUCGCGCAAGGUCGACGUAAAGCUGCCUAAGUUUAGCAUCGAGAAGCAGGUCGAGAUGAAGCAGGUCCUUGAGCGGCUCGGCAUGGGCAAGCUGUUCGAGAAUACAGCUAAUUUCGAAGAGUUCACCGACGGUCGCGAACCAAUCGGUUUCGAUGAGGUGCUCCAGAAGUCCAAGAUUGAAGUCAACGAAGAGGGCUCGGAGGCAGCUUCAGCUACGGUGGCAUUCUCGUUCCGGUCGUCUCGCCCGGCUGAUCCGGCUCUGUUCCACUGCAACCAUCCGUUCGUUUUCAUCAUCUACGACUACGGAACCCGGUCGGUUCUGUUCAACGGUGUCUACCGCCAACCGGAGUGAACAACAACAGCAGACAGUAGUGCUCCAUAUGGUCGUCCUACGAUAGUGGGAAGAUUUUUUUACAAUUAUUUAUUAAAAAAAAAGCCGAGAAGGACAGAAAACGCUACCGGACCAAAAGCCAGCUCACAAAUAACCGCCCCGGUGAAACAUGCUCGGAAUGUAGCACCAAGCUUUGCAAAGAUGUGGGCAAAGGGCGAUUGAUUCGUUUUUUUUUGUCACACGCUGGACAGGAAUUUUAAAGUUUGUGAGUGGCUCGUUUUACAUUACGAUACAAGAUAACUUUUUUUUUGUUAAGAAAUAAAUCCAACAAAAUCAAACAUGCGUA